CAGGAAUGAACAGCCAUGGUAAUCCCAGACGACGUUGUCUAAUUCCUUGUACUAAUCUCUUUGACAUCCUCCUGAAUAUAGCACUCAUGUCACAGGUAUCGGAUGAGAUGGGACUUCCCUCUCUACCCUUGACUGCCGAGGAAGAUGAAUCGAAGAAGCGGCGGGCCUCGAAGGCUUGUUCUACGUGUCACGCUCGAAAAGUGCGCUGCGACGUGCUAGAAGUCGGACUCCCCUGCACCAAGUGCCGGGUCAAUAAGUUCGAAUGUGCUAUCAAAGAUAGGAGAAAGCGACGCAAGAAAGGCGACUCCACAGGCCGGGGAGACACAGAUCGCAACAGCAACGGGCCUCCCCCUCCACUGAACCGCUCAAUACCGGAGCAUAGUAUGCUCUACCAAGUUCCCCAUUAUCCCUUCUUCCGAAGCUUCAGCCACCGCGGGAAGGCCCGGAUUCAUGCCCAGGACAGCGACCAUGGCGUAUUGCUUCCUGUCCCUGCACGCGACCAAUCUGCCUUCUCCCAUGGAGGCGACUCGGCAAGGACCAUCGACGAUACACAGUUCCUGAAGCGCAAAGGAGUCUUCGAGCUACCACCCAAAGAAGUGUUGGACCAAUGCGUCUCGGUCUAUUUCCAGCUCUUCCAUCCGUUCUUUCCUGUCCUGCACAAGCCAUCUUUUCUCGAUCAAUAUUGCCAAUCCGACCGGGACGCACUUCUCCAUGGCCGAGGACCCAGCUUGUUGCUUCUACAGGCCAUCAUCUUCACCGCGAGCUCGAUCAUACCUGGUCAGAGUAUCCUUGAAAUGGGAUUUUCAUCUCGGAAACAAGCGCGGAGCUGUUUUUAUAUGAGGGCGCGGUACUUGCACAACCUUAACUACGAGCCAGACGAUAUUGUAACAAUCCAGGCACUUCUUCUGAUGAGCCAUUACUAUCCAUCCAUGGUGGAGCAAAGGCACACCUGGUUCUGGGUGCAUCAGGCGAUCGGCCUAGCCCAAGGCGCUGGGCUGCACCGAGACCCCGGCCAGGCAGCACCUCAACGAAAGUUAUGGGCGAGGAUAUGGUGGGCGUGCCUCGUACGAGACAGGCUCAUUUGCUUAGGCACGGGUCGGCCAAUGCAUAUUAAUAGCCUCGAAUGCAACGUCCCUCUUCUCACAGCUGCAGACCUGGAGGAAGACGGCGACUGCGAGGACGACCGCACCGUCAAAGCUAUCUUUAUCGAGUUUACGAAGCUUUGCCAGUACAUGGAGGGUGUACUGUCGCUCCCUUUGGCAACCGACGAUUCUCUACACGAGCAGAUCAGCAUAUGUGAGGCCGCUUUACGAAGUUGGCUCUCUAACCUGGAUCCAGCCGCAAGACGAAGCAACGAUGGAGAUUCCAACAUCCAUCCUGCACCAGGUAACGACAUUUCGGAACUCUAUCGGACCAUUCUGCACUUGAUUUACAACGUCGUGCUCAUGUCACUUCGGCAGUCCGUCAGCACACUCGAUGAACACCGGACUGACAGCCCGAGAUUGCCUUCUGUAGAUGUGCAAUCAGUCGCCAGUGACUCUGCCAGGCUACUAGAAGGCCUUGUGGCGGCCGAUCUAGUUCGCUAUUGCCCUACUCAAGUUGUAACGACUGUGCUACCACCGCUCAUUGUUCAGCUUCUACUGAUGCGUGGUUUCAACCACGGGCCUGAGUGUGAAGUUGUAAAUGGUCGAUUCCUGACUUGCAUGGCGGCUCUCAAGCAGCUCGGGGAGAUAUACUGGCAUGCGAGCUUCUAUUACGAAUUCUUCGAGCUGACGGCAUCAGGUUCUCAACCCACAUCGGCUGCUAAUCAGCACGCUACGGCGGAGGCGCCUGAAAUCAUCUUUGGCGGCAGGACGCCCGGGCGGCAUACCAACAAAGAUCUGGGACUCCAAAGCUGUCACUCGACUCGCACAGGAAGUGCGGAAGCCGUCAGAACAACGAGACAGGCGAUAGUACCAGGCACCGACAGGGCCCCCUUUCAUCAACAACACGCCUACCACGGUGAAACAUCUACGGCCACUCCCGACUUGAAAACCCCCUCACCAUCAUCCUUCGAUGGUCUAUCGGGCGAUACCCUGGGUCUAGAUGGGCAUACCCCUGGAGAUGUGGAUUUUACUGGGACUGAGGCUGGAGCAUUCGAGAGUUGGCUAGACGAUUAUGGAUUAUUUCAGAGCAUGUUUCCUUCAGCCUAACCUGGGGAACCGUCUCAGGUCAUAUAGAAUUGUCC